CUAGUGUUGUCUUCAAACUGCUACUGCAAAGCAAAGCCAAAUACGAGGGAUGAUUUUAUGAAUUGCCAAAGAAUAGUACCUCCUUGUUUUGAUAAAAAAAAAAAAAAAAAAAAGAAUGAUCUGUUUUCGCAUCUGUGAAUCAUCGGCUCUGAAAUCCAAUCAACAAGAAAAAGAAUAUUUCUUACUGUCUGCCUCCUGUCUUUAAACCAUCAAUAUUUUAUUAGAUUACAUCGGGCAAGAAAACAUAUAAGACGGUUUGCACUGGAGAAGAAACCAAAUUACCAGCGCCUGUGUUGAUCGCUAAUCACAGACAACAAAAAAAGCCAAGUAAAUACACCGGUCAGGCAUCAGCUGCGUUAUUCAGUUAGACAGCAUACUGUACAUUACUAGUGAAUCUGUAUUGUCACUGGGUAGUUUACUUGGUGAAAAGGAUCGUAAAAAGAAUGAUUUUAAGAGCUACUGUCACGUCUGAAAAACGGACUAGAAUAGCUGGAUUUUCUCCUGUGGGUUUCGUUUGGAAAGCGAUGCUCGUGCUGUCAGUUUUGCAUCGGAAAUGUGAAUGUUCGGGGAUUCAUAACACUGAAAACAAACCUACAACAUCCAAAGGAGCCGAAUUCAACCGAGUCUACAGUGGCUAUGUGAACCGGGGAGUGGAAGAAAUAUAUUCCUUUAAUUACACCACGAAGCCAGAGAAGGUGGAUGCUGUGCGGGUGUACGUCAGCGCCAACUCGGAUGACCAGCACUACCCAGUGAUCUUUGUGAUUCGGCAGCAGAAUGGAGUGCUUUCAUGGCAGGUGCCCCUGGUGCUGCGUGGCCUUUACCAGAGAAAGUAUACCUACCAGGAAGUGGGCCGCACACUCUGCCCUUUGGAGCCAAUGCAGGAGGAGAGGUCCUCAGAACAGUCCAUGUUUAUUGACGUGGCCUCCAUGGCUCCAUUCGAUGUGCGUUAUGAGCUGCUAGUCACCAGAGUCAACCACUUCACUCUGGAGACGGGAGUGAUGUUUAACUUCAGUGCUACUCCAUCCCAGCCUCGGUACUUUUUAUACGAGUUUCCAGACAAAGCCGACUCUGUUGUGAUCAAGGUGGUGUCUAACCGGGCGUCCCCCUGCACCGUGGUGUCUGUGCAAGAUAUUUGGUGCCCAGUUUAUGAUCAGGACCACAACGUGGAAUUUAUUGGGGUGUACCAGUCCAUGACACUGAAAGCUGCAAUCACUGUGCAGAGGAAGGAUUUCCCUGGGGGAAAGUUCUACGUGGUUUUUGUCAUUAAGCCCGAGGACUACACUUGUGGGGGCUCGUUUCCUUCAACAAAAGGUAAAGGAAAUCAGACAUGGAAUCAGGAUCGUUUAAAAGACCUUCACGUUACCAUAGUGCCUUCCAUAAAUGAGCGGGUGUAUGUUCAUGCCAUGCUGUUCUCCUUCGUCAUCUUCCUGUUCUUCUUCUUGGGAGCUGUGAUCGUCGCCUUCGUUCACUAUGUCAGGCUCCAAAGGCAGGAGUUGGAUGGACUCUACAGCCCUGACGAUGGCACUGGAAUGGUGGCAGCGUCUCAUCCCCUCGCCAGCAGUGCCUCGGAGGGGGGGAGCUAUGGGGCGAUUGAUGAAUCGAGCCCAGCAGCUCCUGGCAGCCACUCUGCCUCCCCAAUGGACACAGCGCGCUGCCGCUCCUACUCCGACAGCUCUGCGGAGGAGGACAGCGAUUUAGAUACGCUCCAGGACAUGGCCUGUGACAAGAACGUUGUUACUGCCAAGGCCUACGUUUAUGUGUCAGACUUGGCUCGUAAAGACAGCAAAAUUGUCAGCAAAAAGUACAAAAUCUACUUUUGGAAUAUAACCACCAUUUCCGUGUUCUAUGCACUUCCUGUAAUUCAGCUGGUCAUAACAUAUCAAACUGUGGUGAAUGUUACAGGAAAUCAGGACAUCUGCUACUAUAACUUUCUGUGCGCCCAUCCGCUCGGAGUGUUAAGUGCCUUCAACAACAUCCUGAGUAAUGUUGGUUACAUCUUGCUGGGUUUCUUGUUCCUGCUCAUCGUGCUCCGAAGGAACAUCCUGCACAAGCGCGCCCUGGAGGCCAAAGAUAUCUAUGCUAUGGACUAUGGCAUCCCUAAACACUUUGGCCUCUUCUACACCAUGGCUAUCGCGCUAGUGAUGGAGGGGGUGCUGAGUGCAUGCUACCAUGUCUGCCCAAACUACUCCAACUUCCAAUUCGAUACCUCCUUCAUGUAUAUCAUCGCGGGGCUGUGCAUGCUGAAGCUCUACCAGACCCGCCACCCUGACAUCAACGCCAGCGCCUACUUUGCCUAUGCCACCUUUGCCGUUGUUAUACUGCUCACGGUCCUGGGCGUGAUCUUUGGAAAGAAUGCUACCUGGUUCUGGAUUCUUUUCUCCCUGAUUCACGUCAUCGCAUCCCUGACACUCAGCACACAGAUAUACUACAUGGGCAGGUUCAAGAUAGAUGUUUCAAAUGCAGACAUUGGCUUUUUCAAACGCAUCGUGACAGUUCUAUACACCGACUGUAUUCAGCAGUGCAACAGACCAAUGUACAUGGACAGGAUGAUUCUCCUGAUCCUUGGGAAUCUAGUCAACUGGUCCUUUGCUAUCUUUGGGCUGAUAUUAAAGCCUAAAGACUUUCCCUCCUAUCUCCUCGGCAUCUUCAUUUGUAAUCUUCUGCUCUACCUGGCAUUCUACAUCAUCAUGAAGCUCCGGAACUCAGAGCGUUUGCGGCCCAUCCCCCUGUUCUGUAUCAUCGCCACAGCCGUGAUGUGGGGGGCAGCACUCUACUUCUUCUUCCAGAACCUCACCAGCUGGGAGGAAACACCUGCCGAAUCACGGGAACAGAACCGUGAGUGCAUCCUGCUCAACUUCUUCGACGAUCAUGACAUCUGGCACUUCCUCUCCGCUGCAGCGAUGUUCUUCUCCUUCUUGGUUCUCCUAACUUUAGAUGAUGACCUGGAUUAUGUCAGAAGAGACAAAAUUCCCGUAUUCUAGACUACGGACACGUGGGAACUGGAGGUACCAGUCAAGGAUAUUCACACAGGGCAGUGGAAGCACCUGAGCAAUUGAAGCAUGGAAUCAAGUGGAGCAAAAAAAAAAUAAUAAAAAAAAUCAUAUAAUCUGUGCCUUAGUGGCAAAGGGAAGUAUUCAAGAUCAGCCAGCAUUGGUCUUCUCCUCAUAUUCACCCCACGACACAUUGAUUUCACUUGAAUGAAACAAGAAGGAAAUAGGUGAGAAGGAAGGAUACUGUUAUUAACAUUUUCAGUUUUAUAGCGUGCCAUCUACAGAACAGUGGUGCCACAAAUUCUAAAACAAGGAGGUUUGGGUUUUUUUGUCAUUUGCUUUCUGACUUCAAUUAGCUUCAACAGUUUCACUGUCUAUAAUAUGCAUAUACAGUAUUGAGUGUAUUAAAACUGCAUCUCAAACAACCCAAGCCUUUAUCUACUGACCUACUGGCAUUUCCAUGUAGUCCCUAACAAGGGAGGAAGUAGAAGAGUGAUUUUGUGGUAACCCUGUACCGAAGGGUUUCAGCUGUGAAUCUGAAUUGAAUAAAUGCUGCAAGACGCCUGUGUUUGGGUAACACCUCUGUAAUAUAAAAUAGACCAGUGCAUCUGCCAUCCAAAGAAACUGACAUUUGGAUCCUAUGAAGCAAAAUACCCUCCAUUAGUUGUCUUCGUUUAGCAACAAAAAAAGAUAAUAUAUAUUUCUCUUGAUUAUAAUUUUGUGAAUUACAUGUAUGUGAAGUUUAAGCAUAAGUGACCUGUGUGAAAUAUUAAACUGAAAACUAAUUUUUAGUCAAGACUACUGCUGCUGCUGGGAACUGCCAAGUCACUGCAUGACAACAGAUUGACAGGACAGCCAAAGGUGUUACUCUUGCCAAACAAUUGAUCUGUGCGCUCAAGUAACUACAGUAACCAUUGCCUUGAUGAUUUUGUGGCGUGUCUUUGUUUCAGGGUAUUACUGCAAAACAAUUAUUUGCACGACUUGCUACAUUAUUUGUUUCCAAAAUUAUAUAUGUUUUGUGAAUCCUGAUAUGAAAAUGUCUCUCAAAAGUGUGACCUGGUAACUGAAGCAAAGACUGAUUUGCUGGAUAAGUGCUGUAUAUCCAAAGCUUCAGCUGUUUUAAAGUCUGAGGGUCAGACUGAAUUCACCAAGACGAGCAAGAGCAGCCAGAAAGACCUCCUAUUGUAAAAAGCCAGCAAUGCCCUCAAUAUGCGACCAAGAACUUCCAGCUCCAACUGGACUGCAUUUUUCCAGGAAAACACUCCUUUUAUUUACCUUAAGGGGAGUUAUCUUCCCGUUUCAAAAAGAUAACAACUGAUGUAUUGUAUCUGUUAUUUAUGACAUGUCCUUGAUUUGUACGUAUGGUGUGUGAUUCUGUUAAGUUUGACAGUGAAAUUAUUUGUGAAAAUGUUUACAUUGCCUUUUUUUUUUUUUUUUUUUUUUUGCAAUGCUUUCUCUGGCAUUUAAAUUGAGAAUGUCACUAAAACUGAGAAAGCCUGCAAAAGAACUCACCCAGAAAAAAACAGCAUAAAAAGGGGCUAAGUGCUCUGACAGGUGUGUGCCCAACUGAUGGAACAUUUUGCAGUCCCUAUUGGCUCCAUUACAUUCAUCUGCCAUUUCAUUGCAUGGUUUAAACAAGAAUAACUGACCAGUUGACCUUUUAGAUCUGCUACGUGCCGAGCCAAAGAGAAAAUGCAAGGUGAUAUGAUUUUUUUUUUUCUUUUUAAUGACUGGCACAGUAUUGCUUUUACCUUGUCUGCUUUUCAAGUUUUUGUUUAGUUGGGCUGUAAUGUAAAACAUUUUAGAUUCUGUUUGUAAAAGUGUAUUUCUGUCCUUAUAAGUAUAAGGUUUUCUGAUUGCAUUCUUAUUUAUCUGUUUUUUGUAUAACUGUAUUGUUGUGUUAAUGGUAUAUUAUCAAUCUGAAGUUGGACAGGUUUGAAAACGCAUGCCUUUAGUAAUGGAACAACAUUUUGCAUUUUAAUAAAGGCUGAUAUAUGA